UAAAUGCCAGUGUCUAAAAGAUGCUCAACUUUCGUUCGCGCGCAAUGCUCUGGAACCUAUAUAUAUCCGUCGCCAACGAAGAACGAAUAUCAUAUCCUGUUCUGCAUUCAAUAGUCUAGCAACAAGUCAAACACUCUCAACAAUGCAGGCCUUUAUCAUGAUUGCAACCAUUCUUUGUAUGGCUCUGGGUGCUUUGGCGAAUCCAGGGUAUGGAGGCCAUGGAGGCCAUGGAGGCCAUGGAGGCCACGGUGGCCACGGAGCCCAUGGAGGUCAUUACCAUUUUGGAUACAAAGUCCAUGACGGCUACAAUAACUUUGGCCACUCCGAAAGUCGUCAUGGAGGCACCACCAAAGGCCAAUAUCACGUCAAACUUCCCAACGGCAAGCUCCAGACAGUCAAUUACCAUGUGGAUGGAUACUCUGGUUAUGUUGCCAAGGUUCAUUACGGCCAUUAAUUCAGUUCUAUCUGAGUUGUUAUUAUACAGUCUUGUCCUUUUCAAGGCAAAUUCAUCCUGUUAUUUACCAAUCACUUACUCCCCCGGUGGAGCAACCCAUACUCGAAAUGCAAAAAUUUAAUUUCAAAAUUCCUUGCUCUUUU